AUGUCUGGAUUUCUCAGCGGCAUCAGCGGUGGAAACGGUGGCCAGCAAGGCCAGGACCAGAAGGGGGGCAUUGGGGGCAUGCUCGGCGGAGUGACGGGUGCUGUUGGCAAGACUACCCAGGGCGUCGGCGAUGGCCUCGGGAAGACUGCCUCUGGCGUCACCGGUGCUGUCGAACAAACGGCCCAGGGCGUGGGCGAGGCUGUGGGCAACGCAACUAAGGCUGUUGGUGGUGCUGUCGAGCAGACCACCCAGGGCGUCGGCAAUCUCGUUGGUGGAGCCACCAAGACCGUUGGGGGUGCGCUGGGCGGCGGACAGCAGGACCAGCAGAAAUCCACCUAA